CACUCACCAGAUUCAUCCUUCCCAUUAAUGAUAUCGACAGUUUCAGUUAAAAGUUGCUGCUCAGCAUACAAUUCAAAUGGGCGAUAUUAUGGCAAACCUGAAGACCUUCCAGCCGGAAUAUGGGAUUGCGGCAAAUGAUCCACUGUUACAUCUGAGGUCUCGUGCCAAAGGACUGAUGGUGAAUGCUUGUGCCCAUGCACUUUUCUUCUGCAAACUGCUCAGUGCCACCAGGCAGAAAGAAGAGGAUUGUGAGGGUGCACCUGCUGGUUCCCAGGCUUUCAAGGAUAAUCAGAGAUUGAAGAUUGGUAUUAUUGGUGGAGGCCAUCUUGGGAAACAGCUGGCCAGAACUUUGUUACAUCUAGGUGCCGUUUCAGGAAAGAACCUUCAGAUCUCCACAAGACGGCCAGAAACUCUAUUAGAAUUCCAGAAGCUGGGAGUUGAGUGUGUUUAUAACAACAAGCAGCUGGUUGGCUGGGCAGAUGUUGUUUUUCUCUGCUGUCUUCCAUGUCACCUUCCACAUAUAUGUUCAGAUGUUCAGGAUUCUCUCAAAAACUCUUGUAUUCUGUACAGCUUGGUCACAGCAAUCCCUUUGACCAGACUGAAGCAACUUAUUUCCUCCUGUUCAAUCCUGAGGCCACAGUACAAGUUCUCUGACAACAGCUCUUUUCAUAUGUGGGAGGCUAACAGGACAGUUGUGGAAGCCCUCAAAGACCCAGCAGUUAUCCAGACAACAUGUCCUUGCAGCUCAAAGAAGGAAAUAGUUGUCAACAUGAAGUGGCUGGCAGCUGUGUUUUAUGCAGCUCUAAAUAGCUAUUCACAACAGCAUUUCUCCUAUACAAGAGCUCUGGGAUUGCUCAAUCAAGUAUGUUUUCCUGAAGGCAAUGCCACCACCCCAUCACCAUUACUAGUUUGUGAAAAUUUUAUCAACCAAGCUUUUGCUUCCUCUUUGGCUGCUGAUGAUUCCUUCCCCUGGUUUGAUAUAACAACUGUACAGCUAAAAGACUCGCCUCUUAGCCAGCUUCUUGAAACAAAUUCAUCUCUUCAAGAAAUCAUUGCUUCCUCUUACUGUAACAUGGUAACAGUAUUGCCCACAAAAACCGAAGAUUUUAUGACCUCCAUGACUAAGAAGAUACCUCUUUCAGCUGUGCUGCUGAAACCCACUAAGUCACUGAAUUUUCAAAUUGACAGAAUUUCCACAAGCAAAACAGAAGAGGCUUCUAGUACUGAUUCUGGAGACUCAUAA